AAAUCCCAUAAACCCUAAAUCAAAUUUCUCCAUUAAAAAUAAAAUAAAAGGAACGGAACUAAAACAGUGGAAGAAGAAAAGAGAAAAUGUUCUCUCCAGGAUUGAAACGAAGCAAAUUUAGCUCUCAAAAGGAGAGAAAUGUAGGGUCAAAUCCAAGGGCACCAGAUUCUCCAGCUCCACUAACAGAGAACCGUAAAUCAGGUGACCAGACUCCGAUUCCAGAUCGCCCCAGCACAGGCACUCCCGCUCCUUGGGCUCCUCGUUUGUCUGUCCUUGCUAGAAUUCCACCAGCAAACAAGAAUGAUAAAGGGGACGGAAUAGAUCCAAUUAAGCCUGUUUUUGUUGGAGAGUUUCCACAAGUUGUUCAUGAUGAACAGACCAGCUUUUUGCAGAGGCGUGUUCCUGCUGAUGUUUGUAUAUCAGGCGGAAUGGAUCAGGGAACAUGCUUAUCAUGGAUUAUAUAUGGGAACAAAAUUUUUAUCUGGAGUUAUCUGUCAUUAGCAGCUUCUAAGAAAUGCGUUACUCUUGAAAUUCCUUCUGAUGUUUUAGGAAAUGCAGAUGGUGGAAGAAAUUCCUCUCUCCGCAAUAAUUGGUUGCUUUCUAUUGUCAAUUGGGAUAGCACCUCAAAAGUAACAAAUAGAGUUGCAAAUCAUCGCUAUUCUGCUGGUAUUGUCACGUGUAAUCAGAAAACACAAGCUGUUUUAUAUUGGUCUGACAUCUUUGCAGAUGUGGUACCUGCACCUGUUAUCACUUUUGCAUCUUCAGAUGAAUCAUGGGUGACUUCUUCACGUAAUGACAGUAAUGCCACCCAAAACAAACAUGCAGUGAGUUUUUCUGGUUCAAGUUAUUUCAACUCUUUGAUUGCUUCUGCAAUUCCUGGUACCCGUAAUGCUUGUGUUGCCCUUGCAUGUUGUUCCAGUGGCGAGCUUUGGCAAUUGUACUGUAGCCCAAGUGGUAUUCAACUAAAUAAAGUACACCAGAACAUACGAAGUUUGUCAUCCCAAGGCCCUGGCAUUGGUCAACUUGUUGGGAGCAAGGGAUAUCCAAGGCCAAUGAUAUGGUGCCUUCCUAACAUCUCCGUUUCCGACUCCAACCGCCAAUUUUUUCUACUGACAGAAAAUGAAAUACAAUGUUUCAACAUCAAGCUUUUUCCUGAUUUAAAGGUGUCAAAGCUUUGGUCUCAGGAAAUUGUUGGCAAUGAUGGUGAUAUGGGUAUUAAGAAGGAUCUGGCAGGACAGAAACGAAUCUGGCCUUUGGACCUGCAGUUAGAUGAUCAUGGUAAAGUUAUUACUGUUCUUGUUGCCACCUUCUGCAAGGAUCGGGUUAGCAGCUCAAGUUACACUCAAUAUUCUCUUUUGACCUUGCAAUAUAUGUCUGAGGUGAACACCUCAGAUUUUCAUGAAAGGGUUUUAGAGAAAAAGGCUCCGAUCCAAGUGAUAAUUCCUAAAGCAAGGGUAGAAGACGAAGACUUCUUAUUCUCCAUGAGACUUCGAGUAGGGGGCAGGCCCUCAGGAUCAACAAUCAUACUUUCUGGCGAAGGGACUGCAACAGUCACCCAUUAUCAUAGAAAUUCUACUCGGCUCUAUCAAUUUGACUUACCUCAUGAUGCUGGGAAAGUUCUUGAUGCUUCGGUUCUUCCGCCUACUGAUGAUGGGGAAGAUGGUGCAUGGGUUGUGCUUACUGAGAAAGCAGGGAUAUGGGCGAUACCAGAAAAGGCUGUUUUACUUGGUGGGGUUGAACCCCCUGAACGAAGCUUGUCUCGCAAAGGAAGCUCAAACGAAGGAUCCACACUAGAAGAGAGAAGGAACCUUAUGUUGGUGAGCAAUAUUGCUCCAAGAAGGGCUAGUUCAGAUGCAUGGGAUGUUGGUGGUAGACAAUCGACUGGCAUGACUGGGAUUACACGCCGAACUGCCCAAGAUGAAGAAUCAGAAGCUUUCCUAGGUCAAAUUUUCCAUGAGUUUCUGAUAUCUGGGAAUGUUGAUGGAUCACUAGAAAAACUCAAGAGUUCUGGGGCUUUUGAAAAGGGUGGUGAAACCAAUGUCUUUGUACGGAAAAGCAAAUCAAUUGUUGACACCUUAGCUAAACACUGGACAACUACUAGAGGUGCUGAAAUUGUUUCUAUGGGUAUCAUAUCAGCUCAACUCAUGGAUAAGCAGCAGAAGCAUAACAAAUUUCUCCAGUUUCUUGCUUUAUCCAAGUGCCAUGAGGAGUUAUGUUCUGGACAGAGACAUUCUUUGCAAAUCAUCUUAGAACAUGGUGAAAAGCUCUCUGCAAUUAUUCAACUCAGGGAACUGCAGAAUGUGAUCAGCCAAAACCGUUCAACUGGAGUUGGCUCAAAUCAUUCAAGUUUUGAAAUUCAAGUUUCAGGAGCUCUUUGGGAUUUGAUUCAGUUAGCAGGGGAGAGGGCCAGGCGAAAUACUGUCCUUCUGAUGGACAGAGAUAAUGCUGAAGUGUUCUAUAGUAAGGUCUCUGAUCUUGAACAGGUAUUUUAUUUCUUAGAAAGGCAUCUGGAGUAUAUAAUCAGCACGGAGCAACCAGUUGGAUUUCAGAUCCAUAGAGUUUGUGAACUUUCAAAUGCAUGUGUUACUCUAUAUCGAGCUGCCAUGGACUACAAGAAUGAGUAUCACCUAUGGUAUCCACCACCAGAGGGUUUAACACCUUGGUAUUGUCAACCAGUGGUACGUAAUGGGCUUUGGAGCGUUGCGUCUUUCAUGUUUCAGCUGUUAAAAAAAACAUCUGAGCUUGAUAUGUCAGCAAAAUCACGACUAUAUUCUCGUCUGGAAGCAUUGGCUGAAGUUCUUCUGGAGGCAUCUAGUGGUGCUAUAAAUGCUAAAGUUGAGCGAGGAGAAGAACACAAAGGUCUUCUAAAUGAGUACUGGAGUAGAAGGGAUGCUAUUCUUGAUUCCCUUUAUCAACAAGUUAAAGGUUUCGUAGAGGCUGGUUAUCAGGACUUAGCUGACAACCCAGAAGAGAGCCAAGAAGAAAUCCUUAAAAAACUAUCUUCAAGCCUGCUGUCAAUAGCAAAACGACAUGAAGGCUACCAGACCAUGUGGAACAUAUGUUGUGAUCUCAAUGAUUCAGGAUUGCUAAAAAAUCUUAUGCAUGAGAGCAUGGGACCUAGAUGUGGAUUCAGUUACUUUGUGUGUAAACAGCUGUAUGAAAAAAAGCAAUUCUCUAAGCUGCUAAGGCUUGGGGAGGAAUUCCAGGAAGAGCUAUCCAUUUUCUUAUAUCAUUACCAAGAUCUCCUAUGGCUUCAUGAAUUAUUCCUUCAUCAGUUUUCAGCAGCUUCAGAAACUCUUCAUGUUUUGGCUCUUUCUCAAGACGAGGGCUCUAUUUCAAUCACUGAAGAGGAGAUUGAUUCUCACCAUGCAAAUCCAGUUCCAACAUUGACCGACAGGAGACGACUUUUGAACCUCUCCAAGAUAGCUGCAGGUAAAGAUGCCGACUCACAGGUAAAAGUGAAACGAAUAGAAGCUGAUUUGAAGAUUUUGAGAUUGCAGGAAGAAAUUAUGGAAGUUCUACCUACCGAUGAUACAAAGCAACAUGUUGAAAAACAGCUCCUUCGGCCCGAGGAGCUUAUAGGGCUGUGUCUCAAAAGUGGAAGCAAAGAGCUAGCUUUGCAGGUCUUUGAUGUAUUUGCAUGGACGAGCUCAUCAUUUCGCAAUAGCCAUAGGAACCUUUUGGAAGAAUGCUGGAAAAAUGCUGCCGAUCAAGAUCCUUGGAGCCAACUCUAUGAAGCAUCCGUAUCCGAAGGUUGGAGUGACGAGGAGACCUUGAAACAACUUAGCCAAACUAUCCUUUUCAAGGCUUCAAACAGGUGUUAUGGUCCGAAGGCAGAAACCAUUGAAGACGGAUUCAAUGAAGUUCUACCGUUGAGACAAGAAAACGCAGAAGUAGCCGGUUUGAAGGAUACACGAUCAUCUGUGGAGGCAAUAUUGAUGCAACAUAGGGAUUUCCCGUAUGCUGGUAAGCUAAUGCUGACUGCUAUCAUGCUAGGAUAUGUACAAGGGGAUGAAGUUAAAUUAGAAGAGGGGAGAAUGGUAUGACGGAAUAUUAGGGCUAAUACUGAUUACAUUCUGGGAUGGUCUUUUUCAUUUGUGGUGUUUGUAUCAACGUUUCCCCCUUCUUUGGGGUCUUAUUAAAUGCAUGGCCCAAACAUGCAUUCCGAUUUUUUUA